CACCAGCCCAAAGCAAAACCCCUCUUGCCCUCUUCGCCUGAAGCCACCAGGAAUUAUCUCCUUCUCGUCCCCGGAGGGAUUUCCAGAUCGUUGAUUAUUUUAAUCUGCUUUGGGGAGCCUUUUCUCCGCCUCUGGGAAUUAAGUGGCUCUUCUCUUCCUUUGGUGGGAGAAGAGGAGCGAAGCGCAACGAAGCCGCCCAGAACUGUCGCCGGGAAGAGGAAAAGCCGAGAGGAGGGUAAAAGUUGCGCCUCGAGCUUAAUUCAUCUUUAAAAACAAUCGCCUCCCAAAGAGCUGUCAGUCAUCCAAAGGGCGUAUCGAAAUCCGCAUCGACGGGAAAAGAGCUAGAGACUUGAAACUCACACAUCUCCCUUCUAAUUCCCCUCCGGCCGGGCUAGGGAGCGAGAGGUUUGUCGGGACCCAUCUUCUUGUCAAGACGCCCCUGUUGUUUUGCGGUUGCCUUUUCCCCAAGGGACGGCAAGGAAAGGAGCCCCAAUAUCUCCCCACGGGUAACUCACUCCCUCUCAGAAUGGGAGGUCAGUCCACGCUGACUCUAGUGGUCUUUUGCGUGCUUCAGUUUCCCUGCCAGGUCUGGAGCUCCGGCGUGUUCGAGUUGAAGCUGCAGGAGUUCGUCAACAAGAAGGGGCUUCUGGGCAACCGCAACUGCUGCCGGGAGGGUUUCGGCGGCGCCGUUCCCAGGGGCGGCGCGGCGCCUGGGCUGCAGCAGUGCGACUGCAAGACCUUCUUCCGCGUCUGCCUCAAGCACUACCAAGCCAGCGUGUCCCCGGAGCCGCCUUGCACGUACGGCAGCUCCAUCACCCCGGUGCUCGGGGCGAACUCCUUCAGCGUGCCCGACAACGCCGCCAGCAGCGACCCUUCCUUCAGCAACCCCAUCCGCUUCCCCUUCGGCUUCACCUGGCCGGGCACUUUCUCUCUCAUCAUUGAAGCGCUGCACACAGACUCCCCUGAUGAUCUCAACACAGAGAAUCCAGAACGCCUCAUUAGCCGCCUGGCUACGCAGAGACAUUUGACUGUUGGCGAAGAAUGGUCCCAGGACCUGCACAGCAGCGGCCGCACUGACCUCAAGUAUUCCUACCGUUUUGUGUGCGAUGAGCACUACUACGGAGAGGGCUGUUCUGUCUUCUGCCGCCCCAGGGAUGAUGCCUUUGGCCACUUCACUUGUGGAGAGCGUGGGGAGAAGGUCUGCAAUCCUGGCUGGAAGGGGCAGUACUGCACUGACCCAAUUUGCUUGCCUGGAUGUGAUGAGCAGCAUGGAUUUUGCGACAAGCCUGGGGAAUGCAAAUGCCGAGUUGGUUGGCAGGGGCGUUACUGUGACGAAUGCAUCCGGUACCCAGGUUGCCUUCAUGGUACCUGCCAACAGCCUUGGCAGUGCAACUGUCAGGAAGGCUGGGGCGGUCUCUUCUGUAACCAGGAUCUCAAUUACUGUACUCACCACAAGCCUUGCAAGAAUGGUGCCACUUGUACUAACACUGGCCAAGGGAGCUACACCUGUUCUUGCCGUCCUGGCUACACUGGAGCCAACUGUGAGAUUGAAAUCAAUGAAUGUGAUGCCAAUCCUUGCAAGAAUGGAGGGAGCUGUACCGAUCUUGAGAACAGCUAUUCUUGUACCUGUCCACCUGGCUUCUAUGGUAAAAACUGUGAGCUGGGAGCAAUGACUUGUGCUGAUGGUCCGUGCUUCAAUGGAGGGCGAUGCACAGACAACCCGGAAGGUGGAUACAGCUGCCGUUGCCCAGUGGGUUACUCUGGAUUUAACUGUGAAAAGAAAAUUGACUAUUGCAGCUCCAGCCCCUGUGCUAAUGGAGCCCAGUGUGUUGAUCUGGGGAAUUCCUACAUAUGCCAAUGUCCGGCUGGCUUCACCGGAAGACACUGUGACGAUAAUGUGGACGAUUGUGCUUCCUUUCCUUGCUUGAAUGGCGGGACCUGUCAAGAUGGGGUUAAUGAUUAUUCUUGCACCUGCCCUCCGGGUUACAGCGGGAAGAACUGCAGCACUCCCGUCAGCAAGUGCGAACACAGCCCUUGCCACAACGGGGCUACUUGCCACGAGAGGAACAACCGCUACGUGUGCGAGUGCGCUCGUGGUUACGGGGGGCUGAACUGCCAGUUUUUGCUCCCCGAACAGCCUCCGGGGGCAGUGACGGUUGACAUCACCGAGAAGUACACCGAGGGGCAGAGUUCGCAGUUCCCUUGGAUUGCAGUAUGCGCCGGGAUUAUCCUGGUCCUGAUGUUGCUGCUCGGCUGCGCCACUGUGGUUGUCUGCUUCCGGCUCAAAAUGCAGAAGAGGCAACAGCCGCCUGACCCGUGCAGAAGCGAGACGGAGACCAUGAACAACCUGGCCAAUUGCCAGCGAGAGAAGGACAUUUCCAUCAGCAUCAUUGGCGCCACCCAGAUCAAGAACACCAACAAGAAAGUGGACUUCCACAGCGAUAACGCGGACAAAAACGGCUACAAAGCCCGGUACCCAUCAGUGGAUUACAAUUUGGUGCAUGAACUCAAGAACGAGGACUCUGUUAAAGAGGAACACAGCAAAUGUGAAGCUAAGUGCGACACAUACGACUCCGAGGCAGUGGAGAAAGGCGCAGUACAACUAAAGAGUGAACUGUCUGAAAGGAAACGGCCAGAAUCGGUAUACUCCACUUCGAAAGACACAAAGUACCAGUCGGUGUAUGUCAUAUCGGAAGAAAAAGAUGAAUGCAUCAUAGCAACGGAGGUGUAAAGGAAAGGCGAUAUGGCAAGAUUGUUGUUUUGGAACAAUUUUCAAAGGUGAUAUGCCCCAAUGAAUGCUGCUGAACAAGAAAGGGAGAGAGAUUCCUUCACUGACUGCUGCUGAGAAACUAAAUUCAGGCUGAGCUGGUUCUCUACUGAAGUUAGCAAAAGUGACUGCAAAUAAUACAUGGUGGACACUAGGCCAGGGUCUGUGUUCAAAGAUACCUGUUGCACUGCCUUUUAUGACUAUUUAUCAUUGCACUAUGGUCAGUUGCUUUUUUUUCUAUAUAUAUUUAAGUGAACGGACUUAAUUCCUACAUAAGAAGCAUGCACUGCCUGAAGUGUAUAUUUUGGAUUCUUAUGAGCCAGUCGUUUCUUGAAUUAGAGAUACAAACACUGCCUUUAUUGUCCUUUUUAUACUAAAAUGUGUUUUUACUAGGUGGGGGGAAAGUGUGUUAUUUUUUUUAAACUGUAAAAAAAUUAUUUUCAGGAUAUUUGUAAAGCUUGAGUAUUUUGUGACGUUUCUUUUUUAUAAUUUAAUUUUUUGGUAAAUAUGUACAAAGGCACUUCGGGUCUAUGUGACUAUAUUUUUUGUAUAUAAUGUAUUUAUGGAAUAUUGUGCAAAAUGUUAUUUGAGGUUUUUUUUUACUGUUUUU